CGGGCAGGCGGGCGAGCGGGCGGGUGGGCGGCCGCCUUUGUGCUCGCCGGCUGCGCGCUCCGUCCGCCCGACCUCCGGCUGCAGCGCCGGCCGCAUCGGGAGCGGGAGGGAGGAGCCGGGCUGCAAGCAGCGGCGGCGGCCAUGCGUCCGCUGGCGGGCCGCCCCUGAGCCCCGGGGCCGGCGGGGAGGGAGCGGGCGCCACCCGAGCCGAGGAGGAGCCGAGCCCCGCCGGGGGCGGGGGGCGGGGGGCGGGGCGAGGCGAGGCGAGGCCGCCGGGGUCCGGCCGCGAUGCCGGGCGCCCCGGAGCUGCUGCUGCUGCUGCUGGGGGCGGCGGCCUGGCUGGCCGGUCCGGCCCGCGGCCAGAACGAGACGGAGCCCAUCGUCCUGGAGGGCAAGUGCCUGGUGGUCUGCGACUCCAAUCCCACGUCCGACCCCACGGGCACGGCGCUGGGCAUCUCCGUGCGCUCGGGGAGCGCCAAGGUGGCUUUCUCCGCCAUCCGGAGCACCAACCACGAGCCCAGCGAGAUGAGCAACCGCACCAUGAUCAUCUACUUCGACCAGGUACUAGUGAACAUCGGCAGCAACUUCGACUCGGAGCGCAGCACUUUCAUCUCCCCGCGGAAAGGGAUUUACAGUUUCAACUUCCACGUGGUGAAAGUCUACAACAGACAGACCAUCCAGGUGAGCCUGAUGCUGAACGGCUGGCCGGUGAUCUCGGCCUUUGCCGGGGACCAGGAUGUGACCCGGGAGGCGGCCAGCAACGGCGUCCUGAUCCAGAUGGAGAAGGGGGACCGGGCCUACCUCAAACUGGAGCGGGGAAACUUGAUGGGAGGCUGGAAAUAUUCUACCUUCUCUGGAUUUCUCGUGUUCCCUCUCUAAAGGACUCCUCGCUAGAACGGAGGGAGAGAGAGAACGAGAAAGAGAGAUAAAGCAGCACGUCUUGAGAAUUUCGUACAGAUUCCCAAAUUGUAGCUGGGUAUAAAGAGCUCUGGACAGCAAACUCUUUCUGUUCAUUUAGUAAAAGAAGCUCAAUUCCGCGUAGGUCUGUGUACACGUUCCGAAUAAUAUGAUUUCCCUCCCCCUUCUUCGGUUGUUGUAGCCAAGAGAGGCCGCGUUGUAAUUGGCUUUGACCUCCAAUAACCAAAUGCUCCCUCUCCCCCAUCCCAAAGUAGCUUAAAAAUCGAACGGACAACAACCCCAAAGCCUUUGUAUUUCGAUGGUGUAAGUCUUCAAAUAUUUCUCCCUUGGUCGACUUCCCGCUGACUCCGUCGUUCUGCUGAUACUUAACAGUGUUCUUCUCCGUAGCCCUUUCCGGGGGGGUGGUCUUCUGCGUUUCGAAAGCGUUGCUCUUAAACUUGGAUAAGAGUUAACUUUCAGAAGGUAUUUUUGAAUACACGGAUGCCAUGGCGAAAGAAAGAAAAAAAAAAAAGACUCGCUUCGCUGUUGACUGGCUGACAGUUCCAAAAAAAAAUUUAUACACGAAGAUCUAUUCCCGGUGGCAACUGAUGGAAUAGAAUAUUUCAGUAUUUCUAUGUAAUAUUCAGAGUGAUUGUGAAAAUAUAAGGCUGCUAAAUGUUUUGAUGCUUGUUUCGCUCUCGUAAAAAUGUGGCCCGACUAAACGCCAAGAAGUAUAUCGAACUUUUACUCUCUUACUCUGUAAUAUAUGUGUGAAUAUCGGAAAUUUCAUUUGGCUUCGAUUCAAUAAAGUUUCAAGGGGACUUUUAUUUUCCUUAAAGAGAAAUAAGGUUUCUGAAUGCCGCCCAUCCACUCUCGACGGGUCCGAGGUGGGAGGAAAGAACGGAUGGGAAGGGACGAAAGAGGUUUCGAUGCCGUAAUCUUUAGGGGCUCGGCCCCAAGAGGAAGGGCAUUUCGGGGAUAGAGUCGUCCAGAAGACGAUGAGAAGAGGAGGCGGCCGACGGGGGAGGCCGCAGCCGUGCCUGCGAGUGUCCGAUCUCUCGCACGGUCGCACAAUUUAGCGGUCGAUGGGUCUGAGAAACUGAGCAUCGUUAUCCGUCAGGUCGGAGCCCGCCUUCUCGUAGCUUUUCUGCAAUCCUUCCAUCGGGAGAGAAAAGCAUUCCCCCCUCGCAGCCAACGGGAGCGCCAUCCGAGAGGACAGCUCCCCGCGCUAGGACAAACCGUACCGAAUACUCUAAAUGAAUCCUAAAUUUAAAUUUCACAGAAGGGGAAUCCGCCCGGUUCCGUACGGAAUCGCCCCCACGUAAGCCCAGCUUGUUUUUACCAUCGUCUGUAUUAUAGAAUCCGAAUCCGAUGACAUUUUAUACAAGCGUCUCUCAAACCCUUAUCCUGUACACUUAUUGGUUUAGCUAGGUAUUAUUUUGUUUACGGUCUUUAAGAGAUGUAAAUGCUAUAAUUUUUUUGCAGUACUCGGAGAUUACUACUUUUAUUAAAGGGUCCGCAAAAGAUUUUGAUUGUAUCUAAAUAUGUGAAAGCAAAAGUGUAAUAAACAAGUUCAUUUUAAGACUG